AUGAGGUGGAUUCCGCUGGACCUGAGCCGCUCUGCGGACAUCUGCAGUCAAGUCGACACAGUUAUAAACACGUACACAACACUCCAGAGGCAGUUGCCACAACAGACGGCGUCGAACCCCUCACAGAUUGCCAAGGCACUCGCUGUGCUGCGACGCUCCUUCGCAGAUCGCCUAGAAGAGAUGGCUGUGUUUUACCAAGAGAAUGACCUUGAUGCACGCAGCGCCGCAGUGGAAGCGGCACGGCUAAGGCUGAAACGCUUCUUACGCUCCCUUGAUGUUUCCGAUUUAUCGACAGAGUUGCAGACAGACUCUUCCACAGUGCCGCCACAUGACAGCAUGAUGAUGAGAGCCGCCGCGUGCAGCACGGGCAACCAGGCCGUUGGAACAGGUAGACUAGAGGAAAACGAUGAUAACGAAACAGUAACAAUUCGCAUUGUUCUCACGGAGGCGGAGUACAACGAAAUCCUCACCCGACGCGAGGCUUUGCGGCAGUUGAAACUAGAUUCCGUGGUGUACAAUCGUUAG